AUGCCAAAACUAUGAUUGAUCGACAUUCUCUUCCCGCAUUGGCUUCCACUAUCUUCUCCCCUCUCCGCGCCGGGUGGCUUCCACCGUCUGCGUAGGCAUCCGCUUUCCUUCUGCACACUUUCUUCAUGUACGGUGCAAAAUGCAGACCUCCUCUCAUUGGCUUCCUCUUUCUAUCUCUCCUCUCUCUCUUCAUUGCCUUUUCCUCCGCCUGCUCUAAUGGCAAUUGUCAGAAUUCACAGCUUCUGGAAUCAUGCUCCUCGUCCACGGAUUGCGGGCCAGGUCUCUACUGUGGCAACUGCCCUGCUUUGGGCAGGACGCAGCCUAUCUGUACCAGAGGCCUAGCCACCAUUCCAUCAUCGAUCAUUAACGGAUUGCCCUUCAACAAGUAUACGUGGAUAAUGACCCAUAAUUCAUUCAGCAUCGUUGAUGCACCAUCCUUGCCUGGCGUGCAGAGGCUAACAUUUUACAAUCAAGAAGACACUGUGACCAACCAAUUGAGAAAUGGAGUGAGGGGACUUAUGCUGGAUAUGUACGACUUCGAGAACGACAUCUGGCUUUGCCAUUCCUUCCGGGGACAGUGCUUCACUUUCACCGCAUUUCAACCUGCAGUAAAUACUUUGAACGAAGUCGAAGCAUUCUUGACAGAAAACCCAACAGAGAUUAUCACCAUAAUAAUUGAAGACUACGUCCAUUCUCCAAAAGGAUUGACUAAUUUAUUUACCAGAGCGGGACUGGAUAAAUAUUGGUUUCCUGUGUCUAAGAUGCCGAAAAAGGAUGAAGAUUGGCCCACUAUAACGGAGAUGGUUCAAGCAAAUUACCGUCUUCUUGUUUUCACUUCCAUUGCUUCAAAGGAAGCUGAAGAAGGAAUAGCUUAUCAGUGGAAUUACAUGGUCGAAAAUGAGCCUGGAGAUCCUGGAGUUCAACAGGGAUCUUGCUCGCAUAGAAAAGAAUCAAAGCCAUUACAUUCUAGAAGCGCAUCACUUUUCUUGCAGAAUUACUUUCCAACCUAUCCAGUUGAAGCUGAUUCAUGCAAAGAGCAUUCUGCUCCACUUGCGGCGAUGGUGAAUACUUGUUACAAAAAUGCAGGAAACAUGCUGCCGAACUUUAUAGCCGUUAAUUUUUAUAUGAGAAGUGAUGGGGGCGGUGUUUUUGAUGUUGUGGAUAAAAUGAACGGCCACGCAUUAUGUGGGUGCAGUACCAUCGCAGCUUGCCAGGCUGGGGUGCCUUUUGGUACCUGCAAGAACAUUGCGGUACCCAGUGCAAGUCAAAUGACCAAUACUUCUGGAAGCUUUGGGAGCUUUACUGGAUCUGUUCAGUUUACGAGAUCUGCUUCCCCGGCCCAUUCUCCAAAUCAUAUGCUACUCUUGUUUUUCUUCCCACCUGUAGCAGUUUUGCUGCUACUAUGAUAUCAGUAUUAUUGUAUAUCAUAUCAGAGGCAUUUUUCAAGUAUCUUCUAGAAUGUUAGUAUGUUUGCUGCUAUCGUGCUUCAUCUGUGAAAUUUCAUGAGACAGAAAUUUGGGAUUGACGAAGCUAUAUAAAUGGAUCUUGUGCCGUCAUCUAAGGAAUGCAUUGAUGAGAAGAGAGUGAAUUGUUCCUCGAGUUGGAAGUAUUUUAGGUUCAAUACCCAGGCAUCAUUUGUGAAAACGACAGAAAAUAUAAGUUUAGGAUGGGUAGCUUCCGGUCAUUGUCAAAUUGUUAUGCUAAUAUCCUAACAAACUUGUUUCUAGUUUCUUUCCUCUCCGAUAAAUGGGGUCUUCCAUUUUCCUUGAAGUCGGAAGUCGAUACAAACAAGUCUUAAAAGCCUUAUAACGAAUUUAGAACAUGGGCCUCUAGGUUUAGCAGAGGAACUUGUACGAGUUUUACAUAUUAAAUGAGAGCUUCAUGGAGAUUUGAUGAUCGAAAUGAAUGUAAUUAUGUUAUGGGACAGGGAGUAAAACAUAUUUUGUGAUAAUCGGAAAAUGUGCUCGAGGUAGUCGUGGACUCAU